UUGUUAUGACUAUUUUUGAUAGAUUUAACGGAAAAGAUUCAUUAGAAAUUGUAUCAUUAUCUUUAUAUUUUUAACUUUUCACUACAUGAACGAAUAUGCAAUAUUUAAAGAAUUAGAUAACUUGUUUACUGAAUUUUAACAGUUCAUUGUCAAUUUCUCUUUUAUUCAUUCAAAUGUCAAAUGUUCAAACACAUGACAGCAAUUCCUCUGGACAUUGUGUUGUUUAUUUGGUAAAUAGUUUUUUUUUUUACAAAAUGUAAGAAGGUGUAAAUUGAGUAAUCCCUAGCAUGUCCACUUAAUGGACCAUCCAUUGUAUUGUGUGUAAAUAGUUUACUUAUCAGUCUUUGAUAUCCGGCCUAGUCCGAAAUAGGCUUAAUCAAUUACGUAAUCAAGUUUCAUUUUUAUUGUACUUUUUUUCUUUUUGCAAAUGACCCACGGCUAUGUACAGCUGCGCUGAGUUAUGUCAAUUAAACGGAUAAACUGUACGGGUCACGUGAUUUAUCACUAAUAGGUUUUUUUCUUAAAAUGGUAAAUUUUCACACUUUUGAUAUUUCUGAUCAUCUAAUACUGAAUUUUGAUUGGUCAAUGACCUGCAAUCCAAGCGUGUGGGGUCGUCGCUGGAAAUUUGGCCUAACUCGGUCACUUCCAUGCGACGCUCCAUUCAAUAAACUUGUAUUCAUAUUUUAUCAUCAUUUUUCUUAUUUGGAUUGCAGGUAUGUUGCUCUCUAUUUUAUUUUCUAUUGUUUCAAAGUUCAUAAAAGUUUGAUUUUAAGAAAUUAAUAAUUUGCUUAAACGUUUAUUUUUUAAUUUUGGUAUUUAAAUAAGUUAUGAUUUUAAAGGAAUAAGUUUCUAAAUUUGAGCUUUGUCGUUUAUGAAAUAAUUCAUUAUUAACCUAUCGGCUAGGAGACAGAAUAAUUGUUUUUUCAUCCGUCUAAGUUUUGCAGUUAACACAUGUAUUUUUUUUAGUAAAUAGUUUUAUAUUUGAUAGUCGUAGAAUAGACAAGUAAAUGAAAUACUUUUGUUUGUUGCAUUGAUGCGUGGUAAAUUAGAAUUUGAAUUUAGCGCCAUUUCUAAGUUAAAGAGACUCUUUAGUAAAAGGAGGUAAUUUAAAGUUAGUUCGGGAAACAAAACACGGGAAUCAUGUUUAGAUCAAAUUCCACGACAGAUUGUGUUCAACCUAUAACAACGUCAGUAGAGCUGACACCAAUAAGAAAUUACAUCAGCGAGUUAAAUUUAGUUCAUCACAGCAAGCGAGUGUUCAAAUUAAAGUUAAAUUUCCCCAAAUUUAUAGUGAAUUCAGAUCACGUUAUUAAGGACAAAAAACAAGACGUGACAAUUGGUGGAGAAUCCGAAGGAUCCUUUAUGUCAAGGUACUUUUUGCGUUCUAAAGGAAGUGAUAGUUUAGACAUCUUACCAUCAUUUGUAUUGAAUAUGCCUCAUACCGGAACUCCGUCAAAUAGCAAUCAGGAGGACACAUCAUCACCCCCAAGCAUAAGACAAGAACUACUUCAGCAAAAAGAAGAGGAAAUCAUAGCAUUGCGAGCGAGGAUAGAGCAGGAAAGGACACGACAAGUGGACCAGGAGGACGAAAUGCAAGGACUCCGAGAAAAAAUAAGGAACAUGGAGAGAGAGCAACAAGUUCAGCAAGAUGUACAUGUUCAGCCAUUGACAACACCGCCCCCAAUGUCCUACAACACGCCACCAUCAACCACUCCGGACCGGUUAAGUGUGCGACUCGAGAAGUUCGAUGGGAAGACCUCCGCGGUACAAUGGUGGGUUAAAGUUAUGGCUCUUGUUAACCUCCAAGGACUGACGGAGCAGAAAGCCAUCCUAUACCUCCCCUUUUUCUUCCUUGGAACUGCGGAAACAUGGUUCAACGCACUAGAUACCACGGUGAAAUCAUCAUUAACAGCCAUACACACAGCCUUCAUUAACCGAUUCAAACCUGUGUCACAUCAUGCGUUCGAUCUUUUGAAAUUCAUACAAGGAGAAAACGAAUCUGUGGAAGAGUUCACCCAACGUGUAUCGGAAAAAGCAACAGAUUUGAAAGUUGAUUCACAAAAAUUAAUGGGAAGACUCAUGGGCGGAUUCAAGCAAAACAUCCGGAAAGAUCUUAUUCGCCACAACCCAACAACAAUGGAGGACCUCCGUACUCAGGCUCUGUUAGCAGAGCUUGCACAGAGUCUGGAACCGGACACCAAUGCCAUCCAGAGUGCCACCAACGCAUCGCUGUGCACGGCAGUAAAUUCCCUUGAAGAUAGGAUACAGAAUAUGGAAACAACCAAUAUGAACAUGGUGAAUAUGGUGAACAGUCAAAGUUUCCAUAACAACAGACCUAGGCCCAAUCAGAGACAAUACCGUCAAAACCCUAGGUACCAGCAGCCGCAGCCACCUCAGUAUCAGGCACAGUUUCCACCUACGCAAUAUCAGCCGAUGACCCAGUAUCACCAACCCGCCCCGUUUCAAGCGAUGCAGUCGAGUCAGCCACAGCAGCCGGCCCAGUACCAGCAGAUGCCCCGACCCAUACCCAAUGGUCAGCAGCAGACGCGGCAGUCCUCGGGCAAAUGUCAAAGAUGUGGACCAUUAUUGAGGACCCUGCAUAACUUUAUGUUCCUAUUGGUGGCCAUACUAGUCCUGCACCCCGCAUCCCCAAGUCCAAUUGAAACAAGCAACGGUUUAAUUCAACGCAUAAAUUACGGUGUUGUCUUUAAGGAGGAACCUAAUAUCAUCCUAGCCCAAGAAUAUUGGAUGCAUACAUUCAGAAUUCCCCUUCCAAAAAGAUUUGCCAUACCAAAAGUUGAAAAGUGUACAGGAGAUAAACAAGGAUGCUCUACUUUGAACAGUUUGAGUCAUUUUGUUCAUAAUCUACAUAUGCAAGCAGCAACUCAUUUCAAUGAAACCAUGAAAUCUAUUCAAGUAUUGCUUCCAAGUGUAGACCUCAAUAGAGUUCCACGUAGGAGACAGACAAGGGCACUGUUACCAUUUGUGGGGACCGAGAAACCCAGCGAGGAUGUUGUGAGGAUAACGGUCCGUGGGAUACCGCUAUCUGUGGAUGACACGUGUAUCAAAAACAUGCUGGAAAAGUUAGGUGCAAUACUUACAUCAGACAUUAAAUAUGAAAAAGUCCGUAACCCUAACACUUUCAAAAUGACAGAAAUAUUAAAUGGAAAUCGUUUUGUAUAUAUGAAACCAAUGGAACAAGGCAAAUUUCUACCGAAAAGCAGCGAAUGCGCAGGGCUUAAAUGCUCAAUCUUCCAUAAGGGGCAACCUACUACCAAGAGAAGCAUUCUGUGUACCAAUUGCUGGGGAGAUGACCACUUGAGGUUUAAUUGUGAAUAUGAGACAUGUUGCAAAGUUUGCAAAAAUCCAGGCCAUUCCCCAGGGGACAAAGCAUGUUCCAAGUACGACCCUUCCCCUAAGGACAUAAUUGCCUUCAGUGGUAAGGAUGAUGUGAUGUCCAACUUCUACCCAUGUGAUAUCAAGAUUUUUGGUAUUUCGCAUGCCUCCGCUGAGCAUGCCUUCCAGUACAGCAAGGCCAUGCGAUCUGGGGAUCUCAUAAGGGCGUCGUCUGUCCGUAACGCCGCCACCGCACUCGAAGCCAAACGCAUAGGCGCCCAAGUCACCGUUCCGGAUCACUGGAUACAACAACGCGAAGACAUUAUGCGCAAGGUAUUAGAGGCCAAAUUCGAUCAAGUGAUUGAAUUCAGAGACAAGAUCUCUGCAACUGGGUCAUCCACUUUACUCGUGGAAGCCGCUUUUGACGACUACUGGGGAUCCGGGCUCGACAAAAAAGGCACAAUGUACACCGGGAUGAAGGCGUGGCCAGGCAAAAACACCAUGGGCCAAAUACUUACCGACAUUGGCCGAUCACGACGUCCGAAUGCACCGCAGCGGAAACAGUCGGUAAGAAACCAGAAGAACAGAUCCUAA